CUAGAAUACCUCUCCUACCAUAACUAGGAUUGAGAUGUUGUAUAUAUAUACAUGUACUCCUCACAUAAUUAAUCAAUGAAAAUACAAUUUCUUCAAGGUAUCGGAGCCACACUAAAAACCCUAAAAAUCUCUCCCCUUUGUUUCGGCCUCCUCCUUCCUUCGCCGAACAGCAGCGCCGCCGCACCCCCUCCCUCUUCCCUCGGCCGGCAGCUCCUCCUCUACCAUGACGGACAGUGAGGUCACAUCUCAAUCCUCCAGCCCAAAACCUCCCCAUCUUGCUUUCUUCGUCUCAAAUGUCAAACUUCAUGUUCCAAUUCAACUCAGUUUUUCUCAACCAAACUAUAAAAAGUGGAGCCGCUUGUUCCUCCUUCUUGCACGGCGGUUCAAUCUCCAUGGCUAUCUCAAAGGCUCUAUUGCUCCCAUCUCCGACGACGACGACGAAUGGUUUCAACUUGAUGCUAUCCUCCAGGGAUGGAUUCUCUCCAACAUCACAGAUGAGGUGUCCGAUCUCGUUCUCUCUUCUGUCACUACUGCAUCUUCCCUCUGGACGAUGAUUCAUGAUUUGUUUCACGACAAUAAGAAUGCUCGAGCCAUGCAACUCGAGCAUCAAUUUCGCACCACCGUCAAAGGAUCUACCCCCAUGGCUGCAUAUUGUCAAGAGCUCAGGAAUAUUGUGGAUUGGAUCCUCUGCCGAGUUUUCUCCAAGUACGGUCGGCCCUUCUCCUUCUCGAUCGGCAGAGGACUCCACUGGGCGGAACCAGCAGCACGGUGCUGCUGGCAGGUUGGGACGCCGGCAGCGGCAACCAGCACGGCGGCGGUGGCAGCCGCGGCCCUCCUCACGGCGGCAGUGGGGAUCGGUUUUUUGGCGUCAAUUAUGGCGAUGGCUCCUCCUCCGGACAGCGUGGAGGCUAUGGACGCAGACAAGGGCGUGGAAACGGCAAUCGGGGACGUGGUCGAGGGCGCUCAAACGGCGGUUCAAGACAACGACCACCAACGGACGUCCAAAGUUCCUGGAACUCACCCUACCCAAACCCUAGCCCCGAGGUGCUAGGCCCCCGGCCAAACCCCGCCCC